AUGGCUACAUCUCCACCUCCACCUCCGCCUCAAUGGCGCGGCUGGGCCUUCGUCUACGCCGUCGCGCUGCUCUUCUUCUCGCUCUUCCGCCUCUCCACGCUCACGAGCCUCAUCACAAUGUACGGGACCCCAAAGGACUGCGCUCUGGACGUGCAGGCCAGCGCCCUGGCGCUCGGGGCGCUGCAGGACGCAGUGUGCGCCACGUACCUCUGCACCGCGCUCUGGCUCCGCCGUCAACGACGCGUGGCCGCCGUCGUCCGGUUCCUGGCGUCCCUCGUGCUGUUCGCGCUCAUGGCCGUGCCCUUCGUGGCCGACCUGCUGCUCGUGCGCAUCCGCGACAUGCGCUUCCACUUCGACCUGGUCAAGAUGGCCAUCCACGAGUCCAGCAACGCCGGGGCGGCCGAGAUCUCGCAGUCCGAGAUCGACCAGGCGUACGUCAGCGCCACGUUGGCGGCGGUCACGGCCACGCUGUUUGCGGCGGCGAGGGCGGCCAAUGAUUGGGCAGAUUUGACGAGGUGGAGCCCCACCGCUGCCCAGAACGAGGUCUCCUACUGCUGCAGGGGACGAGUCGGGGGUGUGGUGGUCGUGGUGGCGUUGGUAUUUCUGCCGGCGUUCGUGCUGGCAGUGAGCCAGGCGAGCUCGGCGCUCGUGGCGUACGCGGGGCUCAACGCGACGCUGAACGAGCUCUUCACGCAGGCGCUGUUCGUCACGGCGCAGGGGUUCCUGCCGCUGAUCGCGAACGGCAGCAUCGCCUCGGCUGAGCUGUACAUCCACACGGCCACGGAGGACUUUGAGCUGUUUCAGGACGACUCGCUGUAUCGGCGCACGACGGGAUUCCACGGACCGCUAGCGUUUGACGUCAAGGUGGAGAACGAGGACCCGCCCAAUGUGCUGCUGGUCGUGGUGGAGUCGUUCCGGUUCCACGACUCGCGCUACCUCGUGGGGGAAGAAGACCCGUCCAACCUGUUCCGAGGCAGCAACAUCACGGUCACGCCCAACUUUGACAAGUGGGCCAAGCGCGGCGUGGCGCUCACCAACAUGUGGUCGAGCUGGCGGACGAGUCGCUCCGUGGAGAGUUUGCUGUUCGCGCAGGUCCCGUACGACAGCGUGGCGGACUCGGGCAUGACUGGAGGCAAGAAGAACUACCAGCUGGACGGCCUGCCGCAGUUCUUCAAGGCUAAGGGCUACGAGCCGUUCUUCACGACGGGCUGCAAGACCGACUACGACGACUGGGACACGUUCCUCCCCUCGCACGGCUUCGACACUGUGUGGGGUCGGGACGAGAUGAUCAAGUUGGCAGAGAGCGACCUGGGCAUCACGCACGACCAGUGGUUUGGCAAGGAGCACCGCGAGCUGUACUGGGGCGUGCACGACGACAUCAGCUUCCAGCUCUUGGGCGAUCUGAUGGUGAACAAGACCAAGGAGCAGGCGGAGCGCGUGGCUCGUGGUGAGCCCAAGAAGCCGCUGUUCUUGAACCACUACACGAUUUCGAGUCACGUGUCGUACGAAGAACGCCCGACGUGGUACGCGGAGUCCAAGAAACCGGACUUUUCAGCGCUGUAUGAUGGCCUGGAGAACGCGGACAGCAUUAAGAACUACGUGGAGAUGCGCUACUUCUCGGACAUGGAGUUCGGCAAGUUCAUGGACCGCAUGUCGGCUGCUGGAAUUCUGAACGACACCAUCGUCGUUGUGGUGGGUGACCACGGCCAAGCUCCCGAAGCCGGUAACUACAUUCCCGAGGCGCGCGACGUGUCCGUCCAUCAUGUUGCGGGCGCGCUCGUUGCUGAGGGCCGACUGGGUGACGCUGUGGGGAUGAAGAUCGAGGAUGCGACCGAGCAGUACGAUAUCCUCAACACGCUGGCCGAUAUCGUCGGCGUGCCGGAGGAAGGGUUCCUGCAGGACGGAGUGGGCCGGUCACUGAAGCGCCAAGCCAAGUUCGGCGAGCGCGUGGUGUACAGCAACAACCCGAGCCGAAAGAUGUCGGUCGUGCGUGGAACCGAAAGGCUACGCUACGACCGCGCUGCAAGGUCUGUGCUCCUUCACGACGCCAAAGCCGACCAUGACAUGCACAUAGAUCUGUUCCCGGACCUGACACCGGAAGCACAGGCUGAGUGGCUCAAGUGGCGAGACAACGGCCGCCAACUCACCGAGUAUUACACCAAGCGGUGGGACAAGAGAUGCCUGUUCGCGGGGCACUGCUGA